GAGGCGGGGACGGCUGGCCUGGGGAAGGCCCCUUCGCUGGGAGUCUGCGAACGAGGGCCUGAGCGAAUCACCUCCGCUGUUACCCGCCUCCGUCCCUGCGUCUUUGGAGACCGAAGGGCACCGCUCCCCGCGCCUCCCGGAGCCCCGGAGCCGCGAGCCCCCCCAGGGAUGUGAGUGCGCCCCGGACCCGAAGCCCGCGCUCCACGCCUCGACCUGCGGCCUGCGCCCCGGAGGACCUCCGCCCACAACCCCCGCGCCUUCCCGAGGCCCGCCUGGAGCAUGCCGCCUGCAGCCAUGAACGGCCUGGGCCUGGUGCUGCUGGCCGCCCUGCUGUGCUCUGCGCCCGCUCACGGCCUGUGGUGCCAGGACUGCACCCUGACCACCAACUCGAGCCACUGCACCCCGAAGCAGUGCCAGCCGUCCGACACGGUGUGCGCCAGCGUCCGGAUCACAGACCCCAGCAGCAGCAGGAAGGACCAUUCCGUGAACAAGAUGUGCGCCUCGUCCUGCGACUUCGUUAAGCGGCACUUCUUCUCGGACUAUCUGAUGGGCUUCAUUAACUCUGGGAUCUUACAAGUCGAUGUGGACUGCUGCGGGACGGAUCUGUGCAACGGGGGGCCGAGGGCGGGGGGUGGCCCCUGGGCCCUGGCGGGGGGGCUGCUGCUCAGCCUGGGGCCGGCCCUCCUCUGGGCUGGGCCCUGAGGCCCUCCCCCUCCCACAGGGCUUCCAGCUGACCCCCCCUCCCUGAGACUCGAGGCCUCCCUCUCUCUCCACCAGCUCCGAGUCCCAGCCGGCAGGAUGUGUCUCCGGACCCCGGGGGUGCAGGCAGGGGGCUGGGACCCCCAGGUCUCCGAGGGAAAGGCAGGCAGAGCCAGGCCCAGCCCCACAGCCUGGCUGUGAGGGCGUCUUCCGCGGAGAAAUAAAGUCGCUUCUGGUCCAGA